AUGUCAACAAUGAUGUGUGCAAAGUGUGCUCGACCAUUUACUAGUGGAAGCAUUUUAAGUGCAUUAGAUAAGAAAUGGCAUCCUGAAUGCUUUGUAUGUACAAUAUGUAAAAGAACAUUAGCCGAUCAAUCAUUUCACGUGAAAAAUGAAGAUCCAUUCUGUGCAAAUUGUUGGAAAGAAAACUUUCAACCACGUUGUGCUACAUGCAAUAAAAUCAUUGAUCCAUGUGAACAAUAUAUGACGUAUAAUGAACGAGCUUAUCAUAAAAAUUGUUUUACAUGCGCAGCAUGUAAUCAAAGUUUAGCGGGAAAACAAUUUUGCAUUAAAGACAAUGUCAAAGAACAAGUUUCAGGAGAACUUCUGUCUUGUUCAGUCAAAUAUCCGAUUAUUUUUCUCGCUGUUUUUUUCUCAUCAUUGUGA